CAUUGUCCUCAGGCCCACCAACAACCAAACCAACCCUUCCAAAACCCUCAAAUCUCAUCGCCAUCGCCCAAUUCCUUUCUCAAAAUCUCUCCUUUUCCCCUUCUCCGUCUCCUUGAUCUUCUCUUCUCUCCUCCCUCAUGGUUGAGAGAUCUCCAGAACGAUCCCACCAUCACUUCUUUUGAGCUUGGUUUGACCCUGCUGUGAUUGUUCCUUGUUGCAGCGAUGUCGUUCUUCUUGGGGCUUGUUCUUGGUGUCGCUGUCGGUGUUGGUCUCAUCAUUGCGUUCGUGCGCUCGGAGAACUCGCGGUCCAAGCGCCGGACUGAGCUGGCAGCUACUAUUGCAGCUUUUGCAAGGAUGACUGUUGAAGAUUCAAGGAAGAUUCUACCCACGGAAUACUACCCUUCGUGGGUUGUUUUCUCACAGAGACAGAAGUUGAACUGGCUUAACCUUGAACUGGCUAAAAUCUGGCCUUACAUUAAUGAGGCUGCAUCUGAUUUAAUCAGAACUUCUGUUGAACCUGUUCUUGAACAAUAUAAAUCCAUUGUCCUAUCUUCCCUCAAGUUUUCAAAGCUUACUCUUGGGACUGUUGCACCACAAUUCACAGGUGUAUCGAUUGUUGAAGAUGAUGGUUCUGGUAUUACAAUGGAGUUAGAGCUGCAGUGGGAUGGGAAUCCAAACAUUGUAUUAGACAUUCGAACUAAACUUGGUGUGGCGCUUCCUAUACAGGUCAAAAAUAUUGGCUUCACUGGUGUUUUCCGAUUAAUCUUUAAACCACUUGUGGAAGAGUUUCCAUGCUUUGGAGCAGUCUGUUACUCUUUGAGAGAAAAGAAAAAGCUGGAUUUUACCCUUAAAGUUGUUGGUGGUGAUUUGUCAUCUAUCCCUGGAGUUUCUGGUGCUAUUGAGGAAACAAUACGCAAUGCUAUUGAAGAUACCUUGACAUGGCCUGUACGAAAAGUUGUUCCAAUCUUACCUGGGGAUUACAGUGACCUCGAACUGAAGCCUGAGGGAGUAUUAGAAGUAAAGCUUGUUCAAGCUAAAGGUUUAACAAACAAGGACCUCAUUGGAAAAUCAGAUCCCUUUGCUGUUGUGUACAUCCGUCCGUUACCUGAUAGGAUGAAAAAAAGCAAAACUAUCAACAAUGAUUUGAACCCUAUCUGGAAUGAGCAUUUCGAAUUCAUUGUUGAAGACGCCUCUACGCAAAAUUUAAUACUAAAGGUCUAUGAUGAUGAAGGUAUCCAGGCAGCUGAACUUAUCGGUUGUUCUCAAGUUAGGUUGAAGGACCUCCAACCUGGGAAAGUAAAGGAUAUUUGGUUAGACCUUGUCAAAGAUUUGGAAAUCCAGAGGGACAGAAAAAAUCGGGGCCAGGUGCACCUAGAGCUUCUAUAUUGCCCGUAUGGCAUGGAGAAUGGAUUCACUAACCCUUUUGCGUUGCAAAAUUUCUCAAUGACUUCUUUGGAGAAGGUUCUCAAAAGUGGAUCGAAUGGCACUGAUGCUGCUGAUAUUGAAAAACAAUCAACAAACAAGAAAAAGGAAGUUAUUGUGAGAGGAGUCCUCUCGGUGACAGUUAUAUCCGCAGAAGAUUUGCCUGCUAUGGAUUUGAUGGGAAAGGCUGACCCUUACGUCGUACUUAGCAUGAAGAAGACUGAAACAAAAUUCAAAACAAGAGUGGUGAAUGAGAGUUUGAAUCCAACAUGGAAUCAGAAUUUCGACUUUGUUGUCGAAGAUGGGCUUCAUGAUAUGCUUAUUUUGGAAGUCUGGGAUCAUGAUACAUUCGGCAAGGAUUUCAUGGGAAGAUGCAUCAUGACACUAACCAGAGUCAUUUUGGAAAGGGAAUACAGUGAUUCAUUUCCACUCGAAAACGCGAAAACUGGAAAAUUGAAUAUACAUCUCAAAUGGACACCGCAGCCGAUAUAUCGAGAUACAUAAAAUGAUUAUCACCAAAAAUCGAGUGAAUUCGGCCUCUCUUUGCUUGCGAAAUUCUCUGAACAACAUUUUUUCUGAGUAGUUCUGCUGCAGAUUAUAUCUUGAGUGUAAAAUGUUUCUGUUCUGGUUUUAGAGUAGUUAAGUAAAUAUGUUUUUAGUUGCAGAAUGAGGGAAAAGAAAGUUCAGAAAAAUAAAUCUUGGGAUCAUGUAAUAUAAAUUUUGUCUCCAUUUUUUUGGGGACUAUUUCAGAUCUGUGUUAGUUAUUGACUACAUUAUGUUUUCCUUUGUACAAUUUAAAUUUUUAUGUGCUUUUUUUA